AUGGCUCACCUCAAUCCUGUCACCAUAACGACUGCUCCCAGCCAGGAACCAUUCACGCUUCAACCACUCAUCAGGCAGGCGCUCAGCACUCGGCGCUGCAUCGAUAUUGGUGCUGGGGGACCGCGAGCUGUGCAUCCAGGCCUUGCUGCACCCCGACAUGUUUUACCUAGUGGAAAGGAGAGAUGGGACGCGGAGCAUGACGAGAAGGAGAGAGAGAAAGAGGACGAAAAGGGCAUGGUGUACUUGAUUGUCAACGAGCUGGAGAUGGUUGGAUGGAACGAGUCAUAUAUGGCAAUGUGGCGUCGACAUAAAAAGGCAAAGACGCUGCAGAUGCUGAGCAGCCAGCUGUGGUCACAGGCAAGUGACAAAUCGCAACAGCAGCCAAUUGCCUUGCCCGAAAAUUGGCACGACCACCAAGUUUCCCUCAAACUCACAACGUUGCGGCUGAUUCCACACCUCCCCUACGCCCAGAACUGGUCCGUCAAUGUGCUCGCCACUGUGGCCUCGCUCUCGCCCGUGGAGCCGUCGCAUCUGCCGCCGGGCAAGCAGCGCACGGCACGCAUCGCUGACCCGUCAACGGCCAAACAGGUGCAGCUAACGGUGUUUCUGGAUCCCGAAGGGUUCGCGCCCCGAGUGGGCAGCGCCGUGCUCCUCGUCGGCGUGAAAAAUCAUCGGUUCGAUAGGGGUAGCCUGAAGAAGUACGCUAGCGACGGCAAGAGGGAGAGCGACAGGCGAUGGUGGUUUGAGGACCCGUGGCAUAUGUCGUGGCUGGAUGUGGCAGGCAUCAAGAGCUGGUGGCAAGGCGUUGAGGAGCACUACCGGAUGGCUGGUUGA